AUGCUGUCCAAGCAACCCCCCAGAUCCCUCAACCUAGCUGUAAAGCUGACCACCCUGACCUCCCUCGCCACUGUCUCUGUGUCAGCACUCCUAGACUCGGGAGCCACCGGGAACUUUGUAAGCCCCAAGUUUGUCAGAAAGCACGGCCUCGAGAUGACCCCACUCCCCCAACCCAUCCCUGUCUGCAACAUUGAUGGGACCCCAAACAAGAAUGGGGCCAUAACUGAGGAACUGUCAGGGAAUGCCCCAACAUGCCCCGCCCAACCCCUGCUCCACUUCCCCACUUCUCCCUCCUUUCCCUUUUCCUUUCUUCUUUCUUUCUUUCUUUCUCUCUCUUACAUGGACCACCUUUCCCACUGUUCAAUGUAUCAGUGGCAUGCAUGCCCAUUCCCCCUCCUGUAUCUUACCAUCCCUAUAUCACCACCACCACCGCUCCACUCGCUCUGCACCCACAGCGGACCCUCUUGGGAUCUCCUGCAGAGGCACCCGGAGAGCCACGGCUGUGUGCAACGGUGA